AUGAGCUCGAAAGCCGAAGAUGUCGUCGAAUCUCCGCCCAACGAGGCCGCAACUGCCUCUGACGCUGUCAUAACUCCCAUCUUCACCCCGUGGCAAAAAAGAUGGAUCGUCUUCUUGGCCGCGUCUGCCGCCAUGUUUUCGCCAAUGAGCAGCUUCAUCUUCUACCCAGCCAUAAAGAUGAUUGCCGAUAGUCUCGAUGUGACGAUAGGGCUUGUGAACCUCGCCAUCACGACCUACAUGAUUGUGUCGGGCAUCGUCCCAGCUCUGCUCGGGAACGCCGCCGACAAGUUUGGAAGGCGUCCGAUCUACAUACUCGCAUUAUCGCUGUACUUCGUGGCUAACCUCGGCCUUGCUCUGCAAAACACCUUGAAAGGUGGUCUUGCAUCUCUGGCUGGAAGACUAACUCGGCUUUUCACUGGCACAGGAACCAUCUCACUUGGCUACGGCAUUAUUUCUGACAUAACGAGCCGGGCUGAACGCGGUUCCUAUGUUGGUGUGAUGCUUCUUGGUCCGAACGUAGCACCGCCGGUCGGACCAGUCCUGGGAGGUGCCGUAGGCGCGAAUCUGGGAUGGAAGUGGAUAUUUUGGCUGCUGUGCAUUCUAGGUGGCGCGUGCUUGGUCUUGAUCCUACUGGCAUUGCCAGAGACAUGCCACGUCAUCAUUGGUGAUGGGAACCUCCCUCUGAAGGGCAUCUAUCGUACACCUAUCACGUCCGUCAGGCACCAUCGCAAAGACAACAGAGCAAUCGAGGAGGUGACGGCAGCGUUGCGUGCGGAGCGUGUCUCCAAGUCGAUCUGGCCAAAUCCAGUGGCCUGCCUCAAGCUCCUCCUUCUCAAGGAUGUAGCUGUUGUGCUCAUAUGCAACGGGAUAUACUAUACCAUUUACUGCAGUAUUCAGGCCUCGCUCUCGACUCUUUUCAUAGAGAUCUACAAGUAUCAACCUUUAGAAGCUGGUCUGAUCUACAUCCCUUUCGGAAUCGCCUGUCUCUUCGGGACGUUCAUCUGGGGUGAAAGAUAUAUCAAACCCAAACACGGUCAGGUCUUCCGCGCUAAUCUCAAACCAGGUAAAGUUCUAGACUACGAUUAUUCUCGGGUUGCCAAGAGCUUUGGUGUAUCUGCUGAAGAGGUCAGAGGGCGAGAGGCCAUAGGCGCGUUCCCCGUCGAGAAGGCGAGACUCGGAAGUGCAUUGUACCUCGUGGCCAUUAGCACAGUAGGGGUUAUUGGCUACGGAUGGGCCAUUCACUAUCAUGUGCAUGUCGCUGUCCCGCUUAUUCUUCAGGCCUUUGUGGGAUUCUCAGGGACAGGUCUCUUUGUGGCACUAGGGACACUCCUUACCGAUCUUAAUUCGACCAGACCUUCUACAGCAGCAGCAUCGGCAAACCUCGUCCGCUGCGCUCUUGCAGCGACGGCCUUGGCAGUACUUCAACCUAUCAUUGACCGGGUCGGGGUUGGCUGGUGCUUUACCAUCUUUGGGGUUUUGGGCGGUAUCUGCGCACCCCUAAUGAUCUGGGCGAUUCGGUGUGGCGGAAGUUGCAGACAAAAGAGGGAGAUGCCGGGUGAGCCAACUGAAGAGUAA